AUGAUGAAUGACCCCACUAUGUUGCAACAAAUGUCAAGCAACCCUAUGCUUUUAAACCGAGUUAUUGGUGCACAGAGUGGAGGUUUAAGAGCGGCACUUUUAGCGAAAAUGGCAGGCUAUGGUGGAGCCGCAGACGGAACAGCCUAUAACCCUCAAAGUCAAAUGAAUUUGAGUUCACUCAAAAAUCAAAUAACAGAUGUCAAAAAGUCAAACAUAGACAUACAGAAGCAAAUAAGUGAAAACGAAAAGAAACUAGAAUAUGACAGACACACAAAGAAACUCAAUGAGUUAAACGUAGAGAAAAAGAAGAAAGAAGAACAACUGAAAGAACUAAGUACAGAGGAAUAUGCAAAAAAAGUGUCAGAAAAAGCAACAGAAGUAGCAAAAAUGGAACAAGAUGUCAUAAAUUUGAAAAACCAUACUACUCAAUAUAAAGUACUGAAAGAUGAAGAGAUAAAACAAAAAGCCCUGAAGACAUAUAUGGAUAGCGAUGAGUAUAAAAAAGAAGUUGAAGCAAAUGUAAAGGCAGAAAAACUUUUACAGUUGCAAAACCAAACCGUACAGUAUGAAAACUUAGCACAAGAAAGUAAAAAUAACGACGCGGCUAUGCAAAAGGCAAUGAAAAGCGCAGAAUAUAUAAAAGCUAACAAUGACUGGUUAGAUGCCCAAGCCAACGCUAAAGCAGCCCAACUCAUAGGGUCAAUAAGGACAAAAAUACAAGCGGAUGAAGACAGUUCAAAUGAAGCUUUAACAAAUGCUGACUUUAAGAACGCCUUCGAAGCUCUUCAUAGUAAGGUGAAACAAGUGAACGACUUCUCAUCUGGAAAGAAACUGAAGUCUGAAGGUUUCGACAAAGAGUUAAAAGAAGUAGCACAAAAUAUGACGAAAAUAACAGAUGCAGCAACGAGACAGGCAGUUCAAAGUGCCUAUGACGCCGUUAGAGCAACUGUUGUGAAAAGUCAAGAAAAAGA